GUCUGACCUUUUUUUUUUACGUCUUCGACCUCCUAUUUUAUUUUAAUACCUCAAACUGUCCUUCGUUAUCCUCUAGACUUCUCAUCCCCUAGACACUCGUUCAAUAAGCCACCUGUUUAAGAGAACAAAAAAGCAAAUACCCUCAGAAUGUCGUCUACUACCUCCUCCCCAGCCGCCACCGCCACCAGCUGCAAUACCGGCAGCAUCUGGCAGCUCCCCAUCCAGGAUGCCGCCUGCGCCCUUCCUAAGUCCGGAAACUACUCUGACAUCAUGGACAAGUGCUGCUCCCCCGCCAAGGUGACCGAGUACGACGACGGCUGCGGUCUCUACUGUCUCGCCCAGGGCCAGAGCGUCAAGGACCUCACUGAGUGCCUGCGCGACAACGGCGCCAAGGACGGUCAGUUUUUCUGCAACAAGGAGCAGAACGCCACGGCCACGCAGUCCGCCCCCUCCUCCACCAAGACCGGCGACAAGACCGGCUCCUCCACUAGCAGCGGUGCCUCCUCGACCUCCUCCGACAACGCUGCCUAUGCCAUCCAGCCUGCCGUCUCCAAGAGCGGACUCGGCCUUUUGGUCAUGGUCUUUUGCUCGGCUUUGAUGGGCGUUGUUGCUUAAAUUGAAAAUACUCCGCUACAAUUGAUUACGGAAGAAGAUGAAAUUGGGGAUGUAUAUGUGCAUAUGUUGAUUUCGGAUUGUCUUGCGGUGGAUGGGGCAGGACAUAUUAAUACCCUUAUGAUAUGACCUG